UUUGAACGAUAACGCAUGCAAAUGACCCUCGACUACAGGCAUAACACUCUCCCCGCAACCUCCCUGCCUGCGUCCUUGCACACACACAAAAAAAGAGGAUGCUAAACACAGCCUUUGAAAUUCAGGAGGAUAAUUGAUUCUCUGACGCGUAGAAGCCCACAGGACUCCUGAGGGAGCACAGGUAUAAAAAGAGGAGAUGCACCUCCCUGGCAGCCAGAGGACAGCCGGGGGGAGAUCCGAGAGUGUCCUCCCUCCUCAGCAGCACCCCGGGUCCUGCCCAGGCACCGUGCGGAGGGGACGGAGCCAGCAGCGCUCACAGAAACAGCUCUAGAGAAGAAGAAGUUGUAUUUGCAACAGGGGAAGGAAACACCUGGGCAGGAGCUGAUCUAGGAAGCGCUUGUUUUCUAAGGGAACGGUGACUCCAAAGGGUAGAAGAUGCUGGAUAAGGUCACCCUGCUCCUGUUCCUGCAUUUAGUCGCAUGCUCUAUCUCCUCUCCUCUCUACCCCGCUCUCAGGUACAGUCCAGGGCCAGUUGCUGGCAAGGCCAUGAACUUCCAGCUACAGCACAGCAGCCCAUCACAGAGCCAAAAUCCCUCAGCAGAGAAACAGGAAGAGGAGGGUUUGUUAACAGACCCCACUGAGAAAAGGUUUGUACCUCACCUCUCAGCCCCGCUGCAGCAAGAGUACAUUGGUUACGAUCUUCCCCCAGCCCAGGAGCAGACCAGCAGGUCACUCAGUCCCACCAGCACCACAAAGUCCAGGCUCCAGGGGGAGAACCCAGCUGAGCCCUGCAACCGGAGCAGAAGGAUGCAGCGUCAUGCCGAUGCCAUAUUCACUGACAACUACCGUAAAUUCCUGGGGCAGAUUUCCGCCCGCAAAUUCUUACAGACCAUCAUUGGCAAGCGGCUCGGAAGCGGCGAGAGCAGCCCAGGCGAGGGGGUGCACGGAUUUCUGACAAGGCGCCAGUCUGACAGCAUCCUGAUGGACAGCCGCUACCACCAACAGAUGGUACUAAGGGACUUCCUGGGAGCCAUUCUGCAGAAUCAAAGGCCUCAGGACACCAACAGCAGUCGGUUAGAAGGCUUUCCCAGCACCCUGGCUAAGCUCAUGUAAAUACUUCUCCCUUUUUCAUCUCUCCAUGCCCUGAAUAAUUCAGAGCUCAUGGAUCUAACUGUACAGUAAGACCUUCACAGUAAUGAAGACAUUCCGGAUGUGAGCAGCUGGACACUCAUGCAUACACUCCUCAGAUCUGUUCAAAGGAAUACCGUUCUGAUGUGCUACUUAAUUUACUUCAGUCUUCACAGUUUAACUCCCCUCUCUAAAUACUGGUCUGUGUACUCAAUCAGGAAAAAAAAACCUCCAUGGUUUAACCUCAGGCUGCUUUACAUACAGAGACUAAAACAAUCAGUACAGUUGUAAUCCUGCACACAUACUGUCUACUAAUUAAGGCUUUGAAAUCACAAAGCAUAACAGAAUUUCUGCCAAGUCAUCACUCUGAGGGCCUGAUUAAUAAACAUAAGGCCACCAAAAGGCACCUUUAGGCAACUUAGUAAAUUGAUUACAACCUCCUCUAAAUAGAUGCUGAUGGCACAACCACACACGCAGCUCACAUCAGGGCGAGGCAAGACAUGAAUCCACACAUCUCCCACCCAUUAGAAACACUGCUGUGGGCUGCUGCUGCCUAGCUCCUUGAUACAGAGCCCUGGCAGCAAAACAGAACUCCAAAAAGCUCAGCUACAGUUACUGCUCAGCCUUGAGGUGUUCAAACUGAAGCUCCAGCUCUGCUCCACAAGAGUUAAAGGAGAUCUCUGUGCAUCAGAUUGGGCUGUCACUAUGUUUUAAUUCAAUGUGCCAUUCAGUGGCUCUGAACUCCACCCCUGCUAGUUACAACUGUAAAUGUUUUCAAAAAAGUAACUUAUUAACCCAGUGAUCUCAUACAGCUACUUCCUUCCCUGUCAUCCCAAUUCUCCUACUGUUUGUGUAAUAAUUGUCUUCAGAAAUGUAAAUAACAUCUGGAUGGGGUCUGCUUUCCCAUCAUUAGCAGGAAAUAAACCUUGUUCUAAAUAAACCUGUCCAACAGCA